ACAUUAUACAUGGCGCCGCCCGUCGUGGCCUUCUCAGACCUGCCGACGGAGGCGCUCGACGAGAUCGCUCGGCGCGCAGGGCCCCUCGACAACAUCAUCUGCGCCGCCGUCUGCCGGUCCUGGCGCCGCGCGCUCAAGACCACGCGCCUCCGCCUGCUGGGGCGGCGACCGGACCGCCCGCACGAGAUGCACGUACAAAGUCGCUGGCCACGGCCCACCCUCGUCAAGGUCCGCCCGUACUACAGCGACACCGCGCAGUGGUCCAUCCAGACCCCCGCCAAGGCGGAUCCCGCCCGCAUCAUAGGCUGCUCCCAGGGCUGGUUCCUCGCCGUCGACGACCACACGUGGCUCGUGUCCCUGUUCGACCCGCUCACCGGCCGGAGCUUCCCGCUGCCUCAGUUCGCCUACGGCACCGACAAGCAGCUGCGCGAGCUCAGGGAGAAGUUCCGCUUCGGGAGGUCCAUGUUCCAGAAGGCGGCGCUGGCUCCGGGCCGCCGGCUGGGGACUUGCGCCCUGAUGCUGCUCCACAGCGACGGGCGCGGUCUGUCUUACCUCAGGCCCGGCGGCAGCACGUGGGCGACGGUGCGCCCUCCGAGAGGCAUGCCGCACAGGUACCUAGACGUCAUCUUCCACAGGGGCGCCUUCUACACUGUCAGCUGCUACGCCGAGCUGAACGCCUGGGUGGCCGACGGCGGGGGCGGCCUGCGGACGAGGCGGCUCACAAACCCGCUACGGGAGCAGGUUAGCGCGGUCCUCCUCGUCGAGUCCAUGUCCCGUGACGGAAUCCUUAGGCCUUGUUUAUUUCUCUUGUAUUUUGACCCUCAAAAGUUUGAGGAUAAGAGGGGAUUUGGUGUUCACCCAAUCCCCUACCAUCCCCUCAAAUACGCCUCCUCAAAAAUACACUAGUAUGAGGUAGAGUUUUAAAUCUAGGCAAAAAUGAAGAGAAUUGUGGGAUAUGUGGGGAUUAUCCUCCCCAAACCUGGAGAAGUAAACAUGCUACUUGGGAGAUUUCGGGAUUGGGUAUAAUCCCCUCCGAUCCCCUAAAAUACUCUAGAAGUAAACAA